AUGUUUCGCUUUGACUCUUUCAAGAAACCCAACACAAAUGAGCCUGCAAAGAGCCAUACAGACCCGCUAUCAAGCUCACCAUCACCGCCUUCCAAUUUCCUGCAACGAAUAACCAGUUCAGAUUCCAUAACACGCUCGCCAUUGAUCAAAAGGCCAUCGAAUAUCACCAAAAGCGUCUCAACCUCAUCUUCUGCCUCCUCCUCCACCAGCAACAAAAUGAACGCUACAUCAUUUUCUAUACCUAUGCCAACCAACUCUUGGGGAAUGUUGGCUCUCUCUCGCUUGCAGGACACACAAGUGAACGAGUUGGAUGAUAUCGUUGAAUUACUGUUAAAUAAAGAUAAGGCCAUGUUGUUGCUGCCUGUAUCCACGCCAUCUCAUCCAUCAGCCAGGGUCGAUCGUGAUUUCAUCAUGGACCACGUUAUUGUAUACAACGACCAGCAUCAUACCAACCAGGUGAUUUCAUUAGGAGGUGUUCGUGGUGUAUUUCAAAAGGACCAGUUCAUAGCACUGGGUCUGCUGCCAUCGGAAGGAGAGAUAUCCAGAUUCAUGAACGAUGCCACCUCAAAAAAAUCGCUGUUUGAUACAUUUAGCCUGGACCCAUCGUCCAUUACGCCAGAUCACCCAAAAUACAACAUUCUUGCUAGCCAUGUGUUGUUACCACUCCGAGACGACAGGCUGAUCACUGUGAUGCUGAUACAGAAGCCACUCUCGAGAAAGGACAUUGUUGAAUGGACAGAAGCCAGAGCAAAGAACAUCAAGGACAUUGGAUCGCCUCUUGUGGAUGUCUGUAGUGCCAAAGUGGAUCAAUUCAUCAAGGAUUACAAGAAGAAUCCUCCCAGAACCACCGAUUUAUCCAGCAACAAAGUAUUGGAUUUCUUGGAUGAUUUAAGGAGCAGUGACAUUCAUGAUGAUAUGGCCAGACUGGAUACGAUCGAAACCUACAUUUGCAACCAGCUGUAUGACCAAUUGUUCACAAAUCCAGAGGGUGACGAAGCAAUGCAAGAUGAAGCGCUGGAAUCUCGUAUUGCAGCACUCAACCUGUUGGAUCUGAAUUUGCAGCAUUUGGGUGUCACUAUCGAGAGCGAACAAGACAAUGAGCAUCUGAAUCAUAUAGUCAAGGAAGCAGGCACACAGCUACAGCAGUUGAAUACCAUCAUGGGAGCAAAAGACAAGUUGGAAGCACUGAUAAAAACGCAUCAGAUCAUUGUCAAUGCCAUUGAGGAGUUCACAGAGAAGCAUCGCAACGCCACUCGACUUGAUUCCAGCGCACAAGUGGUGCAGGAAAUGAAGCAAGCCAUGUCUUCUGUUGAGGAAGAGAAACCUGUACUGUCAGUGAAUGCUGAUGUCUUGCUGCCAAUACUGAUAUUCACCAUUGUCAAGUCAAAUCCAACCAACUUUUUAUCCAACCUCAAAUUUAUACAAAGAUACCGCAGACCAGACGACAUUUCAUCAGGACCGGCCAGCUACUGUCUGACAAAUAUGAUGGCAGCUGUGUUUUUUCUAGAAACGACAAACCUCGUCGGAUUGGGUCUCUCUGCUGACAGAGUGUUCAGUCAUGUCACUGAUCUGAAUGCCACCAAAGCCAUGGACACAACGACGAUUACGCCCAAACAACAGCAGCAACCACCCAAUCCAGGACUGAAGAUUGUGUCUGACGUGGUAGAUAGCUCUUACAGAGUAUUUGAUGGCCUUGGUAAAUUUUGGCAGCGCAAUACGCAAGAAUUAGAAAACAACAAGACGGUGUCUGGCCUCGUGGAGCAAGUCAAAGGCAGAGUCAGAAAAGUAAGCGAUGCUGCGUUACCCAAGAGCGAGCUGAAGGAGAUAUCUACAACAUCCACUGCCACAUCCGUGUCCUCGUUGCCUAGUUUCAUGGAGGACCGCACAAACAGCAAGGUGAAAAAGCAACAGUCGCCUCCUUCCAUGCCAAAUGGAGAGGGUCCUAUCAACAAGUUUUUGGAGAUGAAAUCAGUGGAUGAACUCAAGAUUGGCGAGAUUACUGAACUCUUGGCAGACUACAAGCGAUUAGCAGCCAUCAUCAAGCAAGCAAAUCUUGCAUAA